GUAGUUUUAAUGUUGCAAGAUCAAACCCAAAUGAUUGCAAACAACAGUGUAUAAAUGGAGUCCCAGACAAGAAUCUCCCACUCCACCAGAAUCUCCUAUGACACGGCACUAACAUCGUAAUCUAAUUCAGGGCCCAAGACCUUAGUGAUAAAUCCAUUUGGCAUAAUUUAUAUAUACUGAAAUCCCCUGAUUUUCAUAUAUUCACACACAAUCACAAACACACUGUUUCUGUAAAAUACAGCUAUAUGCCUAUAUCCACAAGAGCCAGAAUUUCCUGGAACCUGCACUCUUUUUAUUAAUCCAAAAGUAACACCCAUCCCUAAGAGCCUAUAAAUUGGUAUCAACAACAGAAUUUUAUCUGCAAUAGAAAAGCCAAAGCAAAAAAAAAAAAAAUUAAAUAAAAAUCUCACAUGAGCCACAGGUAUGGACAUUGAUCCUGUAGAAAUAACACAAACAAACAGCAGCAAGAAAAGAUUUAGUGCCAUGCAAAUUAAAUCUUUGGAAUCAAUGUUUAGCUCAGAAUCAAGACCGGGGUCAAAAACAAAGCAGCGGAUAGCAGACCAACUCGGACUUCAUCCUCGUCAGGUUUCUAUAUGGUUUCAGAAUAGGAGGGCUCGAAGCAAGUCAAAGCAGACAGAGCGUGAUUAUAGCAUCCUAAAAGCUUGCUAUGACAACCUCGCCUCUAAGUUCGAGGCUCUUAAGAAAGAAAAUCAAAGCUUGACUGUUGAGAUCCAACGAUUAAGGAAUUUAAACGAAGGUCCUAAAGACUGCACAAGUGAUUCAGCUCCAGUUACAUGCAGCAGUAAUGGAGAAUCUAUAUCUUUAAGCUCACAAGAAAAGCACAAAGCUCAACCAGAAGAUUACAUUCAGGACAACAUAUUGUCCAAGAACAGAUCUGAGGGGUUUAUGAGUUUUGAGCAGGAGACAGACAGUCAAUUUAACAUGAUAGAAUCUGCAGAUGAUUCAUUAGCUUCAUUUAGAAACCACGAUGGUCUAGAACCAGCCUAUCUUAUGGAGCAUAAUUGUAUCUCAGACUGGUGGGAAUUCUGGACAUGAUACAAUCCAUAAGCAUACAUUUGUAGCCAAGUUAUUCUUCCAAAUGCUGGGUUUACUUCCAGCAGCUUUUAGCCAAUAUAAGUAGUGUUAGGAACUCUACCACAGUAAUAGACUUGAAAAUGCUCUAUAUAUAUCCCAUUCAUCUGCCAUGCAAACCCCCAGCCCCAAAACAGAAACCUGAGAAAAGGACCAUCAACGCUAUGUUGGACACAAAAAUGAGUGUUGGAUACGAGGAACAUAUCCAAGUGUCAAGACAUAUGUAAGUGCUCAAUAUUUCAGACAUGGAAGCAGCCCUACCAUUGGACACAGUUACUGACACGGCAUUCAUAUAUAUAUUCCUGAUAUGAAAAGACCAGUUACACAGGUUUCACGCUACAAAUACUUGUACAUGUAUUUCACAUUACUUGCCUUAUACUACUUAUUAAAAUGAUAUCAAGUCAUUUGUGUGCAAUCAAAUAAA